UCCAUCUGUAUUCCUUAAAACCGAAGAAACAAGAAAAAAUGCCACGCCUUCGCUACACAUAUACAUAUAAUAAUCAUAUAUACAAAUCCCUUUCUCUAAAAUCCUGAUCUCUCGCCCAAACGCCCCCCUAAAUCCUACAUAUCAGGCAAAGACUCACUAAAAAGCUAUUAAAGAUAUCGUCCAAACGGCGCUAAAUGGCUUUCUCGUCACCGUCAGACUGCGCCUCUUUCUCCUGUCUGAGUUGAAUCCCCUUAGACCAUACUCUAUAUACCGUAGUCUCGGUGUAUCUCCCUCUCCAAUUAAUCUCCUUCUAUUCUCCCGCUAGGGUUUUAUAAAUGUAGAAAACCCAAAACCCUAUUUUUUUUUUCCUUUGAAUCAUGGCCGUCGAUCGGAACUCCAUCCCGAAAGAUCUCCGGCCGUUGAAUCUAAAUCGGAUGGCGCCGGACGAUACUCCCAUUUCCGAGUCCUUCCAUCAUAGUCCCAGGUUCAGACCCGUUUUCUACCCUACCUCCGUCGCUGUCAGUUCGAAUCCGGCGUGGGCCCCACAUCCAUCCGCUGCCGCCGGUACUUGCAAUGCACCGCCGGCUGAUCUUCCCGGCGAUGACGCCGGGGAAGAUCUUCCUCCGUCGAAGAAAAUCAAGAUGCUCUGCAGCUUUGGUGGCAAGAUCCUGCCGCGGCCCAGUGACGGUGUUCUCCGGUACGUCGGCGGGCAGACGCGGAUUAUCAGCAUCAGGCGGGAUGUCGGGUUUCAUGAUCUUGCGCAGAAAAUGGCGGACAUCUGCGGGCAAUCCGUCGUCAUCAAGUAUCAGCUGCCCGACGAGGAUCUUGAUGCUCUGGUGUCGGUCUCCUGUGCUGAAGAUCUUGAUAACAUGAUGGAGGAGUACGAGAAGCUGAUCGAGGGGUCGUCGGAUGGAUCUGCAAAGCUGCGGAUGUUCUUAUUCUUGGCUUCUGAGCUCGAUCAGUCGGGGGUCAUGCAGUUUGGCGACUUGUCUGAUAACGGGCAGAGGUAUGUUGAUGCGGUGAAUGGGAUAACAGAGAGCGUUGGAUGUGGGUUCAAGAGAAAAGAAAGCGUUGCAAGCGCAUCGUCCACGCAGAAUUCAGAGGGGCCCGGCGGUGUUGGCGAGGCCAUGGAUAGCUCUGGGAUUGGGGAUGGUGAUGGGGCAUCAUCAUCGCAUACAGUGUUGUCUCCGACAGGUAUCGUGACAUCUCCUGAUUCGGCCAGAUUGACGUACGUGCCUCCCAGUACAAUGGUGUUUGCAGAAUCUCUGCCAUUGAAUCUUCCCCCCAUCUCGACGAGGUCCGCUGAGCCUGAAUCGGAGAGGUCUGUGCCUGCAGCUAUGGGACAGCCAGUGUCUGCCUUUGAUAUGCAGCCUGCUGUUGGAGAUUUGCGCCCAGCUACAAUGUAUCAGACUUAUGUGGAUUCUCACCAAGAGGCGGGCAGUUACCAGCAGAAUCCUUCCCAAAUUGGGUGCCCUGGUACUCAGCCAUUGCCUGUUGCUGGAUCCAUUUACGGGCGCCCCGAACACCUGCAACAGCUUCCGUCACAUCCGUUGGUGCCAGCAGUACAAGUUGCUACCACUUCAUCUUCUCCACGUGUAAAACCGAAUGGUGGGGCGCAGUUUGUGCAGGUGCAACAAAUGCGGGUCGAUCCUUAUUUGGAGGAGAGCCCAUUUGGGACACGGGUAGUUCAUCUUCCCAGCGAUCAAAGCUAUAAAGCUUUUCAACAGCAAUCCCAGUCCCAGCCUCCUGUUCCAUUGCCGGGACAAACUGUUGAGCGAUAUGGCUGGCGUGUGGUCCCACCACCUGAGCAUUUGAUAUGCACAGACGGGUGGGUAACUCAUCAACAGGGUGGCAUGCCGUUGUCUGAAAAAAUGGUGCAUUUGGAGGACUGUUACAUGUGUCAAAAAGCAAUACCUCAUGCACACUCAGAUACCUUGCUACAAGAGCAAGGGAACAAUGCUGGUCUCUUUAAGUCUGUUUCAGACACGAAUGCAGUUUUUCAGAGUCACCGUUCCGAUGAGAGCAUGAGACCUCGGCCUCCUCCACAUAGGGUAGUAGUAACUAGUGCCUUGGCAGAGGGUGCCAUGACCGAACGCCAAGAUGAUCAUGCACUGGGUGCGGAAGUGACUAAUCUUGGUUUUCAAGGAGCAGGAAUUCGGCCAAGGUUUAUGGGACACAUCGAUCCUACGUCCCACGAGCUUGCUUCACCUCAGCUGGGGCUAUAUGGGCUCUCUCAAGUACCUGAUGGGCAUCACGACAGUGCUUCUAGGACUAUGUUGCUUCCCUCGAGUGUGAUAAACUUCAGUGAUGGACAGACUGCAUAUGGAAUGUUUGUGGGCAAUCUUCCUCAGUCCCACCCUGAUGAUGCUCUGCAGCAACCUUCUACACAAUUGCAGUACAGGACAGUUGGCAUUGACAUCCCCCCAGUAAGGACUCUACCUUUCCAAACUUCAGAAACUCCGGUUCGAGAUGCCGCCACCGAAUAUCCUUGUAAGCAUCCUGGUUUUGUGCCAAAAGAAGGUAUUGCGGACUCGUGCUUUUCGUGUGACCAUCUUAGGCCCAUUGAUGGUCGGAUGGAAGCCUUCCGUAUAAAUCCACCUGAGAUUUCUGGAACAAGUGAACAGUAUAGAUCUCAUAUUAAACCGAAUGUUGCUGCCCCAAAAGAUUUAAGGCCUGAAACCACAGUCUUGAGUGUAGAGAAUGGGAUGCGAGUAACAGAACCAUUUACACAGUCAAAUGCCUUUAUGAAGACUGUAGCAGUUCCUGAUGGGAAUUACCAUAAGCAAAUUGAUGGCUUACCAUCUUCUUUGGAGAUUAAUAGCUUGCAUGAUUUUCAACCCAUGGAGUCCAGUCAGGUAUCACCUACACUAGUAAAUCCCGGUCCAUACCCACUUCUGAAGGUGGCCGUUGAACCUUCAAUUCCUAGUGAGAUGUGGCAUGGUGCACCCACGUCAUCGUUUUUCGAUCCUACAAUCCCCAUUGGAGAAUGGAAGGAUGAAGCUCAAAGGUUCCACACUAGGAGGGUUUUCAAUGAAGUUCCUGCAAAUUGUAAUGCACCAUUUCCAGUGUCAGAUGCAAGCACAGGCAGUGGGGUGGCAGGAGAUAGUAGGGAUCCUGCUACCUCAAACACUCUUUUCAGCAACCAGGAUCCUUGGAAUUUGCAACAUGAUACUCAUUUUCCGCCUCCAAAACCUGUUAGGGUAGCUAGCAAAGAGGCAUUGGCUCCAAGGGAUUCAAGUGGUGAGAAUCAUUUGGGUACUAAUGGCAAUUUGAGAACAAUGCGGUUAGAGGACGGAGGUUAUCAACAGCAAUCAGAUGGCUUAAACAAGGAUUCAUUUCCAGACCUUGGCCGAUCCAGCAAAGGGUCAGCAGAGGAGCAAAUCAAGCAAGAACUGCAGGCUGUUGCUGAGGGUGUAGCAGCAUCUGUUUUUCAAACAUCUACCUCUCCUGAGUCUGUCCUCUCAGGCUGCAAAAUGAAUGAACAAUUGACUGCUGAAGUCAAUGUAGAUGGAGAACUUCACGAGAGUGAUUUAGCCCCACAGAAUUCAGUGACACAGGACCUCAAGGCCAAAUUGUUGGAUCAGAUGAGCCCCAGUUUACCGCCAAUUACAGAUGGCAUUAACCGCUUGCAGAUAAUAAAAAACAAUGACCUUGAAGAGUUGCGGGAACUGGGUUCUGGCACAUUUGGGACUGUGUAUCAUGGGAAGUGGAGGGGUACUGAUGUUGCGAUAAAACGAAUCAAUGAUAGGUGUUUUGCUGGAAAGCCUUCAGAGCAGGACCGCCUGAGAGCUGACUUCUGGAAUGAGGCGUGCAAGCUUGCUGACUUGCACCAUCCAAAUGUUGUAGCUUUCUAUGGUGUCGUCCUGGAUGGCCCUGGGGGAUCCGUGGCGACAGUAACAGAGUACAUGGUUAAUGGUUCUCUCAGAAAUGCUUUACAGCGGAAUGAUCGGACCCUCGAUCGGCGCAAGCGUCUCUUGAUUGCUAUGGAUGUGGCAUUUGGGAUGGAAUACUUGCAUGGAAAGAACAUAGUACACUUUGAUUUAAAAAGUGACAAUUUACUUGUCAAUCUGAGGGAUCCUCAACGUCCUAUAUGCAAGGUGGGUGAUUUGGGCCUAUCGAAAGUGAAAUGUCAGACCCUAAUUUCCGGUGGUGUGCGAGGUACACUUCCAUGGAUGGCACCUGAGCUUCUAAAUGGCAGUAGCAAUCUGGUUUCUGAGAAGGUUGACGUGUUCUCCUUUGGGAUAGUGAUGUGGGAACUCCUCACAGGAGAAGAACCUUAUGCGGACUUGCAUUAUGGUGCCAUUAUAGGCGGUAUUGUGAGCAAUACGCUACGCCCUCUGGUGCCCGAAUCUUGUGAUCCGGAGUGGAGAUCACUGAUGGAGAGAUGCUGGUCCUCCGAGCCAUCGGAGAGGCCAAGCUUCACAGAGAUUGCUGACACGCUACGUUCAAUGGCAGCUUCUCUUCCUCCUAAAGGAAAAUCCCAACAGCAACAACAACACACUCCUGUACAGGCACAGUCACCGAAAUGAUUUCAGGAAAAGGUGGCAGCUCUUGUGAAAGAACACUUUGAAUCAAUCCCUUGUAUUUUAGAGCUACUGCAAUGCCUGCUUGUCUUGGUUGUUGCAUGCUUAAAUCAUUCGCCCUUCUUCUCUUGCAAUCUUCUUAUCUGCAGUUUCAGGUUUCUCCAGCUAUCCAUCAGAGAGGAAGAUGUAUGGGCUGGUAUGCAGUUUUCUAUUGCAUGCUUACACCGAUUUGGGAAAUCGUCGAGCAGGACUUGGUUGUCAGCCUACCAUGAAUCAUCUGUACAUAGCUUGCAUGAUUCUUGUACUUAAUUGUGUUUGCAUUUGAGUUUGUGGGAAUUUGCCAA